AAAUUCUUUUUCACAGUUUGUUUUGUGCGAGAAAGAAAAAAAAAUGAAGAAAAGAACAAAUCCGGAAUCGUCCGCCUCUGGAGCAAAGAAACGCCGGCGAGAGGAAGAAGAUGAAGAAGUGGGUUGUAGUCACACUGCAAUUGAAGAUGGAGCAAUAUCCGAAGAUCAAUGUCUUCCUCUCGAGGAUGAUCUCACCUUUAGCGACACUUCUGUUGCACUAAGAAUGAUGAGAGCUCAGUUUCCUCGUAUUGACCAGGCUUCGAUCCCACCUUUCAUAUUACAGUCGCAGUUAUACAGUAGUGUCAAUGAUAGAACCCAAGUCGAUAGAGAAUUAGAGUGUUUACGAAGGGAUAAAGUUGUUCGUGUUUUCAAACUCAACACUGGACAAGAUGAUCAUGCAAUUAUCUUUUUGGAUGACUAUCUUAACCAGGUAGAUCGAAUAGUGAAGAGGAUGGAAGAGAAGAGACAGAGUGAUCUUGAAGUUUUUAAGUGGUUCAAAGGGCAUGUCCUUGAUUCAAAACUUGAACCUAGUAUUGGACAUCAUGAGCUAUUUUCGCUGUUGUCAUUGGGAGGAAAGGUGAAAGAUGCACACAUCACUCUCUUAAUUAACGCAGGCCUUCUCACACGCCAACUUAUCGAUCCAGACAUGUACUGGUUUGCAAUUCCAAGUAUCGGUAAACUGUGGAAGGGUCUAUUGCAGGGAAGGAACGAACUCCUCUCAUUGUUAAAGCGCAAGCGGCAUAAAGAGAUGUUCUUGGCAGAGCUUGAAAAGAAACGGCUCCGGUUCUCUCCUCUGGAUGUGAGAUUUCACAUACGUGAUCUCAUUGGCUCCGGUCACCUGAAAACUGUUCAGACAACUUCUGGGCUGAUCGUUCGGAUUUCAAAGGACUAAAAUGCCUGUGCAGGUUUCUCAUCAAACUGGCAAUUUCAUAAUCAGGUGACCUUUUUCACUAAGUACACACAUCCAUUAUUUUAUUAGUAUCCCUCUUGUUACUACGUGCAAUAUGUAAUAUAUAGGAUUUACAAGA